AAAAUCCUUUUAAGUUUCAACACCACAUUCAACAACAGUCCCACUAUAGCCUGUAGAGAGUUGGGUGUUGGGUGUUGGUUGUCACAGUGACAAUUGGAGUUGAAAGCACCCAUCUUUUCAUGUUUCUAUUCAUUUUCAUAACACUGCCUUCUUUCCUACUACUACUAACUACACUUAUUUUCUUUAAUUUCAUACCUUCAAUUUCUCAUAUCUUCUUAAUAAAGUCUUCCUUUUUCUACCAUUAAUGUCCUGCAGACUUCACCACAGUUUCUCCAUUAAUCUUACUACUGUUAAGUGAAGUAGUAUUACUUUUUAUAUAUUAUAGAUACCAAAUAAAUACUCUUAAGUAGGAGAUAGGGAGUGAUAUAUAGAGGUGAAAAAAGAUGGAUUCUUUGGGAAAUUUAAUGGGUAUUGAAGAGAAGAAAGCAAUGUGGUUGUACCCAAAAGUUAUUGGUUCUAAUAAUCCUUCUGAAAGAUGGGGGCAUACUGCUUGCUUCUUUCAAACUCAUGUUUAUGUCUUUGGAGGAUGUUGUGGUGGUAUGCACUUCAGUGAUGUCUUAGUCUUAAAUCUAGAAACUAUGUCUUGGACCACUCUAGUGACCACGGGUAAGGGGCCAGGCCCACGAGAUAGCCACACCGCCACAAUGUGGCGGAACAGGAUUGUAGUCUUUGGAGGCACAAAUGGUUCUAAGAAGGUCAAUGACCUUCACAUCUUGGACCUUGACUCGAAGGAGUGGGUCCAACCCUUGUGUUCGGGGGCUUACCCUUCAGCUCGGGAAAGUCACACUGCGACCUUAGUAGGAGACGAUCUAUUAGUCGUGUUCGGUGGGAGUGGAGAAGGUGUAGGAAACUACUUGAAUGAUUUGCACUUCUUGAAUCUUAAGACCUUGAGUUGGACUUCCCCUAUGGUCAAGGGUGUUGCACCUCAUCCGAGAGAUAGCCAUAUCAAUGUGGCGGUUGGGAGGAAGGUUUUCGUCUAUGGUGGAGAUUGCGGGGAUCGUUAUCAUGGUGAUGUGGAUGUGUUUGAUAUCGAUACCUUGACAUGGUCUAGGUUCGAUGUUCAAGGACCUUCACCUGGUCGGAGAGCAGGACAUGCUGCUGUGAAAAUUGGGACCAAGGUGUAUAUUGUAGGCGGAGUUGGAGACAAGAAAUACUACAAUGAUGCUUGGGUCUUGGACACUACUAUAUGUUCAUGGUCGAAGCUUGUGAUUUGUGGCCAGACGCCUCAAGGGCGAUUUUCUCAUACCGCAAUUGUUACAAACUCCGACAUCCUCAUAUAUGGAGGUUGUGGAGAGGACGAGCGCCCUUUAGGAGAACUCCUGAUAUUACAACUCGGGAACGAGCAUUCAAAUGGCAGCUACAAUAUUUCCAUGUGCAAGAGCUUCGGAAAUCACAGGAACCAACGGAAGAAAAGAGGAUUGUCGGAUGCUCAUCAGUGGCAGAAGACAAUGCUGUUAGGAAGUUGCAUUGAAACAGAAAAGAAACAUGAGCUAGAAAAUUUCCGAACAAAUAAAAGACGGCCCAUAACAAAUCUUGCAUACAAGAUGGAACCAGAACAAGAAGAGCAUUCGCUUUCGGUCUCACAAAAUUCCUCGCCAUCUCACUCUGAUCAAGAGCAAACAACUGUUCAAAAUCAAAACCAGAGUUUACAAUUCCCCUCCACGAAUCAACCAACCAAAACUCCGAAGAAAACCCAACAAGCUCUGCCCGAUGUCUACAUCUUAGGAGAGCAUCGACCGAAUCAAAGACAUGGUAAUUCCUUGCCGUUGUCACAUACUGUCAAAACCGAGGUGGAACUCCUAACAGCAGAAGGCAGACAUCUAAACCAAAAUAUCACCUCAAAUUUGAUUGGAGCUGAAGUGCAAGGGAAAGUGGAUGGAUCCUUUGAUUCUGGUUACCUAAUGACAGCAACCGUUAAUGGAAGGAUAUUUCGAGGGGUUCUAUUUGCUCCGGGACCGAAUAUCAUGUACAAUGGAGCUAGUCGAGGCCAGAGUAGCUUCGGUCAGUUUCCUGUUACUCAGCAAUGUAUGAACCGAGAAUCAACUCAUGAAAAGAGUCCAAUCUUUCAGCCCAUAAGAAAUGCUGGUGUAGCAUUCAGGCAUGAACCCGUUCAAGGAAACAUUAUGGAACGCUCUUCAUCCAUCUUUCGUGAUUUUCCAUCGAGGGAUAAAGAGUUGAGAGAUAGAAGUGAUCUUCAUGGCGUUGUCCUAACAUUAGGAGGACCGGGGAAUAGUCAUGUAUGAAAUCAUAUACCUUUUUGCACAUGUUUAGCCUUAUUACUUGUUUUGAGAAGUAAUCGGAUGCAACUAUGCAUACUCGGCAACAUAACCUAGCCUAACUAUUUUUAGGCUAUUAGCCGGUUUAAGCAGCAUGUUUAGACCAACAUAAGAAGGCGUAUGAAGUAUUAGCAUGAUUCGUGUCCACAUUCCAUACCAGCCGUAUUUUUGUUCUUGACCAUAUCUUUGUCGAGUUAAACUGGACCUAACCUACCACAAAUCGUUAAGAUCUUAAGUGAGUACUCUUUUGUUUCUUUUAAUUUACGUGAAUCGUUAAGCAUUCGUGCAGCACGCAUAAUGUCAGACUGAGUAUCGCUCAAGAGUCUUUGUCAGUCUUCCUAUGAGAGAUUAGAUUACUUAUAACAUUGUUAUAAAAUCCGUC